ACAAAAACAAAUGAAAUAUUUGAGAGGUGAAAAAAAAAAAUGGGGAGAGCCGCACUUUUGCACUUGCUUCGAUCUCAAACCAGAAACCUCUCUUCAUCUUCUUCUUCUUCACUUACAACCACCGCCGUCCGGUCAGGUUAUCGAUGUUGUAGGUUUGGCACGUUGACUCGCAGCCCAAUUGCCAAAACCGACUAUAGUAGCAUUAUCCGUUUUGUGGCUUCUCAGAAAGGAUUUGCUUCUCAAGCUAGGACAACGGAAGAUGACAACAAGAUCAGCAUUGGACCGCGGAAAGGGAAAGAUGCUGUAGAGGAUGAAAAGGAGACCGGAGUAGUUUACCACGGGCCAAUUUCAUCUACCAUCAAGAAAGUAAAACUUUUGUCUCUUUCAACAUGCUGUCUCUCGGUAUCCUUGGGUCCCGUUAUAACAUUUAUGACAUCUCCCGGUAUGAAUGUGAUAUUGAAGGGUGCAGUUGCAUCUUCUGUGAUAUUCUUAAGUGCUUCGACAACAGCUGCUUUGCAUUGGUUCGUAAGCCCUUACAUACACAAGCUCAGGUGGCAGCCUGGCUCGGAUAGCUUUGAAGUUGAGAUGAUGACCUGGUUGGGGACAUUCACUCCGAAGACUAUCAAAUUUUCUGAUAUUCGACCAGCAGAGACCAAUAGGCCCUUUGUGACAUUUAAGGCCAAUGAGACCUUUUACUUCGUUGACGCAGAGCAUUGUUAUAACAAGGCAUUGUUGGCUAGGCUGACUCCACAGAAAUCUCAACAUGACUCUGCUUUCAAAAACUUGUGAGAGGAGGGUUUGCUUUACGGCGAGAGGUCUAUUAAGGAUAUUGGACGCGGAACCAAAAUUUAGUAGAGUAGAUUGUGAUAAACCGGGGUUGAAUUUAUACCAAUUGCAGUUAUUUUU